CGACGCUUUUUGGACCACCGUCAGAGACAAAAGUCGUGUCGUUGUCGUUGGUCGCCGUUGUAAACGCGUCGUCGUCGUGCCAUACAGAUUACCGUGUGCCUUGUUUUGCUAGUGUGGUGUGUAGUGAGAGGUCAACCCCGGAACACACGGUUGAGGCAACUGAUACCAGCAGAGUAUACCCUAUGGUUAUGCCGUGCGCGUUGUCAAAGUAGACUCUUCUUUUGGUCCUGUCACCGGCCGCAGCCGCAUCGUAGACUGUGACCUGACCUUAAGGGUUACAUUUAACGAUUCGGGUCCAUUUAAUCGCGACCUCGCACAGCCAGCCACCAAGGUAGCCCAACUAGUGUGUUCCCAAUCUAUCCUGGUGCUGUCCAAUCCGUGCAAACUGUUCGGUGUAGUGCGUGGCGAAAAUUAACCAAGAAGACAAAACGGUUAGAGCCUCCCGCGAAGGAACAGUGAACCGCCACCCAACCUCGCACCUACCCGUGGUUUCGACAUUACCCCCCCCCCCCCCCUCCGCCAGUAUCACAUCCUGUAACACGCGUGCAGUAGUGACGUCGGACGCAAGUGCCAGCGACCAGCAACUGUAGCACGAGGUAAGGUGGCACAUAAGGGCCCAUACUAUCGAUCAACCCUCUCCGAUCUCAUUCGCAUCAAUCAACAGUGGGUGAAGUGAGAGAAAUUGAAAUAGAUUCCAACCACACGGAGUGUUUCACAGUUACCAGAGUGUCGUCAGUGAGUGAGACUUAGCGCACCGGGCUAGCGAUACAAAUUCAUUCACGGAUUCGGCUUCGGCCAUCAGCGGUUCGAGUCCAUGCACUCGAAGCGCGCGUCAUAAAGACUAAAGGCAUCAGACCGCACGACAGCACACACGCACAGAAAAAAAAAUCAUCGAAAUGGAUACCAGCGGACACAUUAACGAAGGAGGCCCGAUGAAAUCGAAGAAUGGGCAGAAGUACACGAUCAACCAGCAGCCCCGUGGCCGCUACUGCUCGAACACCGUGGUCGCUGUCUUUGGCGUCCUGUUUGCGCUGCUGCUGCUGACAACAUUGACGCUGCUGACGUUGAUGGCGCUGCAGCAAGCGAGCAACAAGUGUAUGCUGGCGGAUACGAUGACCACAAGUACUCCGUCCGAUCCGCGACUCAACACCCAGCAAUACUGGGGAACCCACGAGAAGCCCCAUCCCUCCAUGCUGGACGCUGACGACGACUACUCUGAGACGAACACCAGGCGCAAUGCUCUGGCCGGCCCGGAUGACCAAGCUGCAUCGAGAGCUUGGUUCGGCCCUGGUGCCAAUUGGAAGGACGAGGAGCAAGACGAGGCCGAACGAAAUCGUCUCUCGCAGUCCUCCGGCUGGUUGCCGAUCCACUACAGGUUGAUCAUCGAACCGAACGUCGAACGAUCGGUUAUCAACGGUACGGUAACAAUCAACAUAAAACCGAAUACGAACUGGGACAAAACUCGGGACCAGAAGAGUUCACCAAUCGUGCUGGAUGUCAACGAAAUCCGGAUCCUCUCCUGUGAGGUGCUCAGUCUUGCGUCGACCAAAUCCAUCCCAUUCAAAGCCUACUACGGUGCUAAAAACCUAUCGUAUCUGAUUGAACCGGUUCUGAGCAGAGCGGCGGCCGGCAACCUGUCGGUCAAACUGCAAUUCGAGAGCCGACUUAGCGAUACGCUGCAGGGUUUCUACCGCGGCUACUUCCCGGACAAAGAGGAACCAGAUGGUCGCAGCUGGUUUGCCAGUACCCAGUUCUCGCCGAUUGACGCACGGCGUGCCUUCCCUUGUUUCGACAGCCCGGACAAAAAGGCCACGUUCGCGAUCUCGAUCGUGCACCCGAACGAUCGUGCCAUGACUCUCUCGAACAUGGAGCACAUCGGUCACCUGUACGAUGUUGGUCGUGCUCCGGAUUUCGUGCGUGAGGACUUCGCCAUCACGCCACGCAUGUCCACCUACCUAGUGGCUUUCAUCACGUCCAACCUGCAGCUCGCUCAGCGCUCCGAAGGAUUUAAACCAAUAGUAAACGUUUGGACGCGGGCGGAGGUGCGCCAACAGGGGAGCUACGUGCACCGGCUGACCAUGCGCUUGCUACCAUUCCUUGAGACAUACUUCGGGAUGCCCUACCACCUGUCCAAACUCGAUCUCGUCGCCGUGCCGGACUUUGGCUUCCGUGCAAUGGAAAACUGGGGCUUGAUCACAUUCAGAGAAUCAGCCUUGCUAGUGCCGGAAGAUGACAACCGAAGCUCGUCGGCAAAGCAUAUGGAAGCAGUCGCGUCGGUGGUAGCGCAUGAGCUAGCCCACCAGUGGUUUGGCAACUUGGUGACCCCUCGCUGGUGGAACGAUCUGUGGCUAAAGGAGGGCUUUGCUACUUACAUCAGCUACAUUGCCUUGAACGCCAAUGAAAAACGCUGGCAUAUGUUUGAAUCCUUUGUGCAGAAGGAGUUGCAGGAAGCGUUUGAGAAGGACUCGGACCGUAACUCCCAUCCUAUCUCGUUCCCCGUCAAUACGCCUUCCGAUAUCCGGCGAAUUUUCGAUCCGAUCUCGUACAGUAAGGGUGCAGCCAUCGUGCGUAUGAUGGAUAGCUUUCUUGGAGACAUUGCGUUUAAGCGGGGCAUUCACGAGUAUCUGCAAAAGUACCAGUUUGAUAAUGCGGUGCAGGACGACCUGUGGGAUAUCCUGACCGCUGAAGGGCAUCGGGCCAGAACGCUACCCACCGAUCUAGACGUGAAACAAAUCAUGGAAACGUGGACGCUGCAGCCCGGUUAUCCGGUUAUCACCUUUGAACGAAAUGGCAGCAGACUCACCAUCUCGCAGCAACGCUAUUUGCUGCCGUCGCGAAAUUCCAGCGACGAUACACGCUGGUACAUUCCCCUAACUAUUGUGGCUGAGUCGCAACGCGCACACGAGCCACUCAAAGUUCACUGGUUCCCCUACGAGAAUGCGACCAUCCAGCUACAAAUCGCGAUAGAAUCGGACGAAUACCUCUACGCCAACGCCGACCGGGCCGGAUACUAUCGCGUGAACUACGACUAUGCCUCCUGGAAAAAACUGACGAACAACUUCGCUAAGUUGCCGCCGCUCACACGUAUGCAGUUGGUUGAUGAUGCGUUUCAGCUAGCCCGGGCUGAGUACAUACAGUACGACAUACCGCUAACGCUGAUACUAGUUGUUACGCAGCAGUAUCGCGACAUUCCAGCUUGGGCGGCCCUUUCCCGGUCGUUAGCCUACAUCAACAACAUGAUGUCGCGUGAACCAGCAUAUGAGACGUUGCUGGCAGUGAUGCGAUCGACAUUGCGUCCAGCGUUCGAUGCGGUUGGGUUCGAGGACCGUGCCGAGGAUAGCCACCAGGAUAUGAUACACCGCGAGCGCGUGGUUAAUCUCGCCUGCCACUAUGGCAUCGACAAGUGCUCAGUUCAGGCGCAAACGCUGUUCCGUCGCUGGAUGACCGAUUUCCGCGACAAUCGUAUACCGCCCAGCCUUAAAGAGACUAUUUACUGUACAUCGCUACGCGACGGUGGCGUCCCGGAGUGGAACUUUGCCUUUAAGCGUUAUCAAGAUACGGACAGUGCGUCUGAGAAGGAAAUUAUUCUCAACGCCUUGGGUUGCACCGUGAAACCAUGGCUGCUAUCUAAGUAUCUGAAUAUGACCAUCAGUCCAGCAUCCGGCAUUUUGAAGCAGGAUGGUGUACGCGCCUUCCAGGCUGUGGCCACCAACUUCGCUGGUAGCGAUAUUGCAUUUAAUUUCCUCUACGAGAACAUUGCCGACAUCAAUGCUUACUAUGGUGAUGGAUUCUCGACGCUGUCGAAAAUGAUCGACUCGGUCACUCUGCUGAUGAACAAACCGCACCACAAAGAGCGAUUCGAUCGGUUCGCGUACAAGGCCAAGCAGCUGGGACUGCCUACGAUUGAGAAGUCAAUCCUGUUGGCUAAGGAGCAGAUUCUCAACAACAUCUACUGGCGUUCGCGCUCUUACCAUCAGCUGCAACAUUUUCUCGUUCAGCUGAUCAAAGAUUUGAACUUUAAUAUGUAUUAGCGGUGGCGACUUCGCUCACCCGUAAUAUACUACGGAAAAGCGCGUGCGUGAUUUCACUUAAAGUCAAAAACUUUUUAAUAGGUUCAGAGACUCGAACAGUCACAGUUAAACUUUCAAAAAUUUUAAAAAGAAUAGUGAUAGUAAGAAAAGUUCGUAGCCAUCAACAAUCGUAAUGAUGGACAGUACUGUGAACCAAAUAUGCCUCGCAUCGAAAAAAAAAAAAACGAGUAAACGCUGUGCCUUUUUAAUCGGCUGCAAUCGUCAUGCCACCGGAGUUCAAUGUGGCCAUACCAGCGCACCUGGUUUUAAGAAAGUCAAUUAGUGUCUUUCAUUUAUUCAUUUGUUGUGGUGGCGCUUUAAACAUUUAUACGCUUUUCGACCGUACCCGAUACCAAACAAACUGUUACGGAUAUAGCAAUAGUCAACGUGACCGCAUGCCCCAAGUUUGGUCAAAAUUGCGUUGUCCGAUGUGAUUAUGCAGUUGCGCGCUGUAUAGAAGUAGUCUUGUAGAAGCCUCGUAGUUUUAAGCAAACUUAAGAUUUGUUCGAAGGCGGCAGAUAAGGAAACAGGAAUGGAAGCCAACAUCAACAUUCAUACUAUUUUUUGGAGACUGUUUUAGCUGUUAGCGCAGAUUAACUCUGUUAACGUGUACGAGUGUUCAUGCGAUUUAAAGUUAAACUUUGUACCAAUGCUGGGAAUGUAUAGACGACGUGAAGGAAGGUUGACGGUUCUGUCCGAUCACCUUACUGCCUUCGGGUUGCACCAGCUUACGUUCAGCUUUCGUCUUGCACUAACUUCUACGAUGUAUUACUUGUUUUAGAACUUUACAAACAGUAUUCAGUUUGGAAUAGGUGAUAGUUCGAUCUUAAAGAUAUUUAAAACAGUUUCCACGAUGCCGUAGUUUAUGAGGAAUUCAAUACUAAAUACCCAGGGUAGCUCACGUAAAAAGAAGAUAAGAUAUGGAAAAAAGGAAUUACCGUAACGAACACAUUGGUUUAGCUCCAUACCAACAGACUACUGUGAGUGUUUGUUGUAUUUAUACCAUAAUGCAUGCUCGAUUAAUAAUAACAUUUAUGCGCGUCGCAAGAACGCACAUAUAACAGUUAUUUUCUCUUUUUCGACCAGCAUGUAUAAGCCACAAUAAAAGUGCGUUAAGCAUA